AUGGACAAAGAUAAUAGUGCAUCCACGCAGGGAUAUGCAGCGGCGGUACAGCACCCAUUGAACCUAGUUAAUGGGAAGACUAAGCCGAAAGUAAAAUCUGGCCCUCAGGAGAAAAAUAAGGGAGCUUCGGACAAACCUAAUCCAUCCGCAAAACUAAACACACCCAUCUUUUCUUUAGCGCCAGUUUCAACUUUAGUCUCUGAUUCCAACACUUCGAUUUUGAGUGUAAGCCGUGAGACAACUGUUGCUCCCCGGGAUGGUGUGGAGCAAAAAGACCCGGAAGAAUGGAUACAGCGUGACUGCCUCCAAAUGUCUGAUGACCCGUCUGACUGCGAGUCAUUGCAAAGGGACAUCGAUGCGGUUAUGGAUUAG